GGAUUACGCCAAGUCUUUUUGAACAAUUUGUUGGCGCCCCACAUGAAGCUGUUGAUGAAUAUACGUUCACACAGGUUUUAGGUUCUAAUGAAGCUAAACGACAACUUCAUAAACAUUGGUCGACAUGGGUCACUGAAAAGGAUAUA